UCGGCGGAAGAAAGAGAAUCUCUCGCGGACAAUUCUGAGCGACGUCCAUGACGAGUCCGUAACUACAAGCAGGGGACGCCUGCUCAGGAAACAAAAAAGGAGAAGAACAGGAAUACGGAUUUAAUCCGAGCCGUAGUCAGGUAGUGGUGGAAUUGAAGGGAAAAAUAUGGCAGAAUUAAGCAUGGGUAUGCUCAUAGAUAUUGUGGAUGAGGAAUGGAUGAGAGACACUCUGCCCGAUGAUGAUCUUCCCUUACCGCCUGUGUUGCUUGUUCGAAAUGAAGAUGUUGAAGAUUCGAAUCAGGGUACUCAACAAGCUGAUGGAGAUUCUUGGCAUGAUCUUGCUUUAAACACCCAGUGAAGUAAUACCGAGAGGCGGGUUGAUCCUUGAAAUGUUGUUUG